AUGCUCGAGGAGCAGGCCUACGACCGCAUCGACGCCGCGGAUGACGACGCCGCCGCGGACGCGCCGCCCGCCGUCGGCCCCGGCGGGCUGCAAAACGUCUCGCAGACGUCGGCCUGGGCGGCCAGCGGCCGGGCGUCCGCGCCGCCGCCGCGCGCGCGGCCCCGCCGGGCGCCGCGACGGGCGCCGCCGCCGCCGCGCACGCCGCCCAAGAUUAGACUGGAAAAUAAAGUGCGGCAGUCGCUCCGGCAGGCGACGCACGACCUGCGGCCCGGGCGCGCGUCGAAGGACGAGCGACGGCGCGUGGCGCUCGCGGUCGUGGCGGUCCACGUGUUUUUGGCGCGGAAGCUCGGCGCCUGUACUCCUAUUGUUGUUGUGGUCGGCGCCACGAGCGCUGUCUUCGCUCUACGACACCACGACGACGACGCAGCUUUGAGAAAUGCGAGAAGCUACGCGCGACGAUUUCUCUCCUACGCGUUAACGGCGGCAUUAACAGCGCUCCGGAACUCGCGGACGUACUACGCGCAGCUCGAGCGCGUCGUGCCGCCCCAGGUGCUGCGGGGCGUCGCCGGCGCGUGGGCCUGGCGCGUCGCGCAGUUCCUGUGGUCCGCCGAGGCGUGCGCGACGUCGCUGCGGCACGCGGCCGUCGCCGGCGCGGCGCUCGCCUGCUACGCGGCGGCGUCGGCGCGGACCGCGCCCUCGCUGGCCGUCGCCGUGGGGAUCUUGCACUGCGCGCUGGCCCUGGUCGCGCGCCUCGGCGGCGCCGACGCCGUCGCCGUGGCCGUCGCGGGCCUCGCGUGGGCGCGGCCGGACGUGGGGCCCGGGCGGCCCGCGCGCGACUUCGGCGUCGCGCGCGUCGCCGCGGGGCCGGCGCGCGGCGGCGGCCGCGUCGCGGACCGGUCCGAGGUCUACCUCGGCGCGUGCCUCGUCUGGAUGUCGGGGCGGGACCUGUCCGUUGAGCGAAGGCCGCCAGACGAUUAA